AGGUUCCUUCAGCCCAGGGAACAGGCAGACAGCGAACAUGCAGACAGGGAGAGGAGCUGGACAGCUGGCUGGAUGGAUGGAUAGAUGGAUGUCAGACAGAGAAGAGGCGUGGGAGAGAGUCAGUCAGACAGACAGAGAGAGACAGAAAGCCCUGUCGCUUUCUCUUACCAUGGCAAGACAGCAUCUCUCGUUCUUUCAUUCUCCUCCUUGUCUCUUUGUGGAUUUUUAAACAGCAGACAAGAUGUCAGCCUGCACUAUGAGUCACGUCGACUUUUCUUUGACAAGGGGCUGUUGUUCGCCACGCAGGUGGAGGCCACCAGACAGAGCAGCUGUGGCGAAUCGUUGGCUGUGUGAUCCCCCAGGAGCAUGAGUCAUGACCUCAGUGGUGCUGGUCGACACUGGCGGGACAGUGGUGGAGUAUGUCGCAGCUGAAGAGGACCCCCAGCAGCAGGAGGGAGAGUGUGACGUGGAUCUGGAGCUGGAAGGAGAGGUGGAAGGCGAGUGCGAAGCUGAGGAGGCUUAUGAAGAGGUUCAAGACAGAGGGGAGGCCGAGGACUACCCAGCAGUCAUAGUGGAGGAGGUACCUGGUGCCAGCCUGAUCGAGGGGCAAGGUUACUCAGCCCAGGUUUUGGUGUGUGAUGACGAGGCGUACCUGAUGCAGGAAGUGGGCGAUGAGCAGGAAGUGGAGACAGAAGGGGAGGCAGUGGAGGCUUCUGUCCAUGGCACCAGUGUCCACUGCUCUGACAAGACCAUUGAGGCUGCAGAGGCUCUGCUACAUAUGGAUUCACCUUCCAGCCUGAGAGAGGACCGGAGCCCAGAAGCUUUUGUCCCGCCGUGCGUAGCUACGCCAGACUUCCUCCACGCUGCCAUGCGUCCGGACAUGAUUACAGAGACAGAGGUGGAAAUAUCGACAGAGGACUGCUGCGAGGAGGAAGACGAGGAGAUGGUCACUCUGCUGGAGGAUCCAGAACCAGAACCUGACCAUGAGCCUGUCAGGAAGAGGAGAGCUGGACGAAAACCAAAGACACAUCAGUCCGCUAUUUCCAACGGCUCCCCAGACCUCGGCAUUAAGAAGAAACCCAGAGAGGGCAAAGCAGGGAGCACCACCUACCUAUGGGAGUUCCUGCUGGACCUCCUCCAGGACAAGAACACCUGUCCCAGGUACAUCAAGUGGACUCAGAGGGAGAAGGGCAUCUUCAAGCUGGUCGACUCAAAGGCCGUGUCCAAGCUGUGGGGCAAGCACAAGAACAAGCCAGACAUGAACUAUGAGACCAUGGGACGGGCACUCAGAUAUUACUACCAGCGCGGCAUCCUUGCCAAAGUAGAGGGCCAGCGGCUGGUUUACCAGUUCAAAGAGAUGCCCAAAAACAUUGUCAUCAUCGACGACGACAAGGCAGACAUGGCCGCCCCUGACGACCUGAUCGGCUCAGACGCGUCCUAUGAGCGUGUGCCGCCACCCCCAGACAUGCUGCUCCAGGCGACCGAGAUAUCGUCCUCCAAGAAACCCAACAUCCUGCGGGGAGGGAACAGAGCCAACGUGGUCCAGGCUCCUCUCGCUACAGGGAGUAAGACGGUGGCAGGGGGUGGCGCGGUGGCGGCAGGAGUUCCACGAAUAGUGGCGGUUUCUGCAGCACCAGAUGGCAGUCAGACCCAGCAGUCCCACACAGCUAUCAUCCCUAACGCCACCGGGCCCAGGACGGUGAGGGUGGCUAUGCAGGUACCCGUAGUCAUGACAACAUCACUGGGUCAGAAGAUCUCUACGGUCGCUGUUCAGCAGCCGGCAGGAACAACGGGGGCAGCCGGGCACACCACCCUCCUCACCAACACUUCUGCUAUCGGUGCUGCUGCUGGUAGCACCAACUCGCAACAGAAGGUUGUGAUCCAAACCAUCCCCACCAUGGUCCCAGCCACAGCGGAGAACGGAGACAAGAUCACCGUCCAGCUGGCUAAGAUCAUCACAAUCCCAGCCCACCAGUUAGCUCAGUGUCAGCUCCAGACCCCCAGCGGCACAAACAAGCCCAGUGUCGGAGCUUCCCCGGCGGGCAUCAGCCUCCUCGGGAGCCCCCUUACAGUCCGGACCCUGGCUCCAGUCAGCGUCGCCCCGGGAACGCAAGUGAUGCGACUCACCGUGCCGACGCAGGCGCAACAACAGACUCUGGUAGUUUCGCAGCCGGGAAACAUCGGCAGCGGGGCAGGGGUGGUAACGGUAUCAACAGCCAAUCAGACGAUGACGGCACAACCCCGCAUCAUUAGUGGUGUCAUUAAUGGCUCGGAGCUGGUUAUAGGAGCGCCAGCCAGCGGAGGAGUCGCAGUGGACAAGCUGAAGGCUACGGGAGUUCAGGUCCAAGCCGUGCAGGUACCGGUGGCAGUCCAACAGAACCAGGCGAGCCCCAAAACUGUCCAAAACAUCCAGUCGGAGGCCGUGGACGCUGAGGUGGUAAUCAAACUGGAAACCCCCAAUGUGACGAUAAAAACAGAGGAGCCGGAGUGUUGAAAGGUCUCUCUGCAGGAGAGGGUUAGCUUGUACAUGUCUGAAGUCAUUUUUACUCUUGUAAUAACCAGCAGCAGUCUGUGAGACUUUAAAGACUCCUGAUGACCCGUUUUUAGUCCUCACCCUGUCUUCACGGUCUCCCUGUUGUUGCCUAGGACUUAAACCGAACUAAGCAGGUCUCCCUCACAAGCACACUGAAACCUCUCAGUGUUGUGUUCGGAGCUCAGACUGCACCCCCCCCCCCCCCAGCAUAGGAAUACUCGCAGACUUCAAAGGGAGUUGUUGGGAAAGGUGACGGGACCAACCUUCAUCACUACAAUUUAUGCCUUCUAAAUGGAUCGCCAUCACUGACGCAAAUCGGGAAAACCUUGAAAAUAUAUAUACAUAUAUAUAUACACAAAAAGCUGAAACACUACAAAUUGAGGCAAAUAAUUACAACCAACCAAAAUGUGAACUGUUGAAUAAAACAAACAAACAAAGCGUUGAGGUGUAAAGAAACUUUUUUAGACAGCAUUUUUCCAGUUUUGCCUCGAUGGUAAACCCAGCAACUUAUUAUUAUUAUUUGUUUUUGGUUUUUUUUUUACUAAUAUCACUGUGCAGAUCAAGUGUGGGUGGUGCUAUGACAGAGAGAGAGAAAGAGAGAGAGAGAGAGAGAGAGAGAGAGAGAGAGGAGUUAAAAGAAGGAACGAUAUCGGACAGAAAAUGGUUGUGUAUGUACAUAUUUAUAUAUAUCUCUACUAUACAGUUUAUGGAGCUAAAGUAAACAGAACAGCCUUAGAUUUUAAUUUGAAUUUUUUUUUUUCAUGUAUUGUCUGAACAGUAAGCUGAUAUUUGUUUUUGUGUUUUGAUACCUUGUACCAAGCACAGUAUUAAUGAAACUAGGGGAUCUAAUAUUUGUUUUAUCAUUAGUUCCUCUGUCUCCAUCAGGCUGUUAAUACUCACAUAGAGAAACAGUAACUGCAGUGUGUCUUCCAGCAUCUAGGAAAAUCCCAGAGCUUGAAUUUCACAUUUAUUUGAUAGGAGGAUCUUGGCUAUUUUUUUUUUUUUUUGGUUUUGUUUUUGCUCUCCUCUUCACAACCCUGCACAGUGUGGCUGCAUGGAAAUGCAAAGAAUGUGACCCAGAGUCGGUGCAUGCUGCCAUGUCUCGGAAAGAAAAGAAUCCAAAUAGUAAAAGCAAUGUCUGUAAACCCAGAGAUCCCAAACGAAAUCAAGCAGUUUUUUUUUUAAAGAGAGGCAUUGAAAAUCAGAUUUAUGCAAAAUGGCUGCAAAAAAUAUCAAACCACUGUGGAUCCCAGGUCACUUUACUGAACCCCUAAAAACAGUUUGCCAGAAUAGUCUGUGCCAUUUUGGCCCUACAUUUCAUUACUUUAUUUUAUUUUUAUCUAAAAAGAGGGAUGAUAGAGAGAAAGAUGUUUGUGUUCAGACUGAACUGUUUGUAUAUUCAACAUUUGAAGUAUAUUCUAUUUUGUUGUACUCUUGUUUCAAAGUGUAUUAAAGUAGAUUUUACUGAAAUAUAAAAAGACAUUUGUUAAGUUUCA